AUGAAUAAUACAAAGAAUCAGGUACAAUUUAAUAAAUCUCCAAAUACCAAAGAAAUCUCAAAAAAACAACCUGUUAUUUUGGAAAAAGUUGUUCAAUCAAAGCAAAAAACGUGUUCUAGUGAAAAAAGUUACGACGAUACGUUAAGAAAUGUAGAUGAAUUACCUGAUGAUGAUGAAUCUAUUAGAAAUGCCAUUGACCCUAAAAAAUAA